CCCAAUAGCCCCCAUCCACAUUCACGUCCAACGGGCCCCCAAGUAUUCGCAAGUGGUUAUAGAACCGCGUUUGCGUUUCACCGAAGUCGUUAUGCCUUCUUCAUUGUGUGAAGCUCUCACCAAUUCUUCAAUCAGUUUCGAUUAUCAAAAAGAAGAUGAUUGGAUUACGAGUGGAAAGCUUGGUUCGCGAGAAGCAGUUUUGGUUUUCAGAACGAAUAUUCUUAAUCCGAAAAUCCGGAAAACAUUGUCUGAGAAGUCCUCUGCACAAGUGUUAACGGACACGAAGGAUAAUGAGGAGGAGAAGCCCGUUCAAAGCCCACAAAAACUGGCGGAAAAAGAACCCACUUCUUCGGAACCAAGUAGCAAGGAAGCUCUAAGCGGUUCAACGCAACAAAAGAUAUUUUUAUUGAAAAAACCGCAACAAUGUGAUAAAUUGGAUAAAUUAACUUUUUCUAGCCCUUUUAAGAAGAUACUUAACCGAUAUUCCUCGAGUGAUACGUCCAUUUCAAGUGAAGGUGAAGAGCCUGCAAGUAGUAGUGAAAACAAAUCGCGUGUACUUAAAACCAGUCAGAAUACCAUUAAUAUUAAACUAGCUGCCGACCUAUCGAUUGAGAGUGGAUACGAAUCCAUAGCACCUGCCAAAACAAUUUCAAAUACUGAAGUAAUCGAAGAAGAUCAGGAGGAGACGAGCGAGGACGAUGCCGAGUGUGGGAUAAACAUGCCUGCCUCCAAGCUCAAAAUUACCUACAAAUUCCAUCAAACGGAAACCAAGUUGCUUCGAAAGCUCUUUAAUGUCCAUGGCCUUACAGAAGUUCAGGGUGAAAAUAAUAACUUUAAUUUACUCUGGACGGGUGUUCAUAUGAAAUUAGAUAUUGUUAGAAACUUGGCGCCGUAUCAGAGGGUUAAUCAUUUCCCUAGAUCCUACGAAAUGACCCGAAAGGAUCGACUAUAUAAAAACAUCGAACGCAUGCAACAUCUUCGGGGUAUGAAGCAUUUUGAUAUUGUGCCACAAACAUUCGUUCUGCCAAUCGAAUCCCGAGAUUUAGUAGUAGCCCACAACAAGCAUCGCGGACCAUGGAUAGUUAAGCCAGCGGCAUCCAGUCGAGGAAGGGGAAUAUUCAUUGUUAAUUCGCCAGAUCAAAUACCUCAAGAUGAGCAGGCGGUGGUGUCGAAAUAUAUAGUGGAUCCGCUGUGCAUUGAUGGUCACAAAUGUGAUUUAAGGGUGUACGUACUAGUCACGUCCUUCGAUCCCCUAAUUAUUUAUUUAUAUGAAGAGGGCAUUGUGAGGUUGGCCACAGUCAAGUACGACAGGCAUGCCGAUAACCUGUGGAACCCGUGCAUGCACCUCUGCAAUUACAGCAUUAACAAAUACCAUUCUGAUUACAUAAGGAGCUCCGAUGCUCAGGAUGAGGAUGUAGGCCAUAAGUGGACGUUGUCCGCUCUUUUAAGGCACCUGAAACUCCAGAGUUGUGAUACACGUCAGCUAAUGCUGAAUAUUGAGGAUUUAAUUAUUAAAGCUGUGCUAGCCUGUGCUCAAUCUAUUAUUUCGGCCUGCAGGAUGUUCGUUCCCAAUGGAAAUAACUGCUUUGAGCUGUAUGGAUUCGAUAUAUUAAUAGACAACGCACUAAAGCCAUGGCUACUGGAAAUCAAUCUAUCGCCGUCAAUGGGUGUGGAUAGUCCUUUGGACACCAAGGUGAAGUCAUGUCUGAUGGCAGACCUAUUGACGUGUGUGGGCAUUCCAGCCUAUAGUCCCGAAAUGAGAUCUCAUUUUGACCAGAAAUGGUCGCGUUUCCGCAGCACAAGCUGCCUAAGGCAAGCAACUUUUCCCAGUACCUCGCAAAAGACAAAGAAGUCGAAGAAAAAAGGAGCUGUCAUUAAUCUUAAUCUAACCGGCGAAGAGCAGCGCAUAUUGCGCAAUGCGCGCCUACAGUAUUCUCGUCGUGGAGGAUUCGUGCGCAUCUUUCCUACAGAUGACUCAAUGCAGCGGUAUGGUAAUUUCCUCGAUUCUGCUAAUGGCAUUCCGAUUUCCACACCGAAUGUACAGAGUCAGACAUUCCAAACGCCGAUUAUACAGCACAACUACAACCAGAUGCUUCACCAAAAUUUAUACUCCAAGGAUGGCCGGCAAAAGCAGGACGAUAAUUCUGAAGCUGACCGGAUUUGGCAAUACGAAAGGGCCUUGGAAACCGAUUCGGAAAUUCCAUUUGUCAAGAAGCCCACAGUUGAGAAGUGCGAAGUGGAGGGGAGGCGGUUGCGGAAGAUCAUGCUCAAGAAAAUAUCCAAUGGGUCAGAGCUGACGCCUUUCCAAGCGCGUCAGACGUUCAGCAUGUACUUGGAAUCGGUUCUCCGGCGGCUUACCGAAGAUCCGAAAGACAAUCACGAGAAAAUAAUACUUAAGUUCUUGAACAAGUUCGGAGGGUCUGUAAAGCCGCCAGUCAUGUUCCGGAAUAUGCAAACCAUUAAGGUGGCCAGCAAAGCCCGAUCCGCAAUGGUGGCGAAACUUUUGGGUGAUUUUCUGGAGAACUACAAAAGAGAUACAGAGGCGUAUGUGGACUCGUUCGAUCACUUCGGAAUGAUUCCAUCCAGUGCCUACAAUCAGUUCCUGAUGCACGCCCAGGAGUCCGAUUUGGAGGCAGUGCUGACACUUCACACCAAUGUAACCGGGAUCAUGCCCUUCCUGUACAACCGAUGUGGAUUGUCAGUGCCACCCACUCCCCCGAUUCCGUCUGGCUUGCACGGAUUUCUGAGAGCCCUGCCCUCCAUGGUAUCCUCCACUGGCAUCAACAGGGAGCUCAGCAAGUACGAUGGGUACUUCAAGAACUUCGACAAGGAGAAAGUAUUUCUAUGAAGCCCGAAAUCGAUGGGAGAGGUUUUUAAUCUAAAUAGCUAAUUUGUCAAGCUUUUGUCCAGUCAUCCUAUUGUAGUAAGUCUAAUUAUUUUUGUAUUCAAAUUUUCGCAUCAAGGCAGAGGCUUACACAAAUAAAUAUUUAUCGAUAAACAACGAUUACUUGAAUGUAAUUUUUGAAACGCUUUAUUAAAAAUGAAAUAGCUUUUAUAUAUUAAAAAAAAGGUCAAAUUUUUCUGCCUACACAACUCAUAGCUUUAAAAACUUAAUAUACAUUCUACGCCAAAGAUAUAUGAAAUCGAUACUUUGAAAAUAAAAGUGAAAUGCACAAAACUA